UCGCAACCGGCCUAGGCAAACAAGCCGUACUUCUCUGUUCUGUCGCAACCCUUUUCUUUCUCUUCCCUUUCAUACACAGACUCUAAGCAGCCGCCUUCCGGUUCCUGGGAUGUGGUCGUGAUUCCAACUCCUUUCCAAUUCUUCGACCCUUUGCGACAACUGCGCAGAGUGCUUUGCGAUGGAUUUCCUACAACGCCUGGCCAGGUUUCUGGACAGGCCUCUCUUCCCCUGGAAGAAGCUCAUCAUCGGCUUUUCGGUUGCGCAAUACCUCUUUGAGGGUUUCCUCUCGCUUCGUCAAUACCAGGUCUUGAAGAAGACCAAGCCGCCAAAGGUUCUGGAACAGGAGAUAUCGCAGGAGACAUAUGACAAGAGCCAGGCAUACGGGCGCGCGAAAGCCAAGUUUCAAUUCGUCAACGGCAUCUGGGGCCAGGUCACGAACAUCGCCUUCAUCCACUUCGACGUCCUCCCCAAGAUCUGGUCAUGGACUGGUGACCUCCUCCUUCGCUUUGCCCCCGCCCGGUUCUCUGGUGAAAUAACCCACUCGAUCGCGUUCGUCUUGGCCUUUACCAUCAUCCACCAGCUCUUGUCCCUGCCAGCCUCGGUCUACAACACGUUCGUCUUGGAAGAGAAGUUCGGGUUCAACAAGCAGACUCCUCAGCUCUUUGUCACCGACCUGAUCAAGUCGCUGGGUCUGACUUUCGUCCUGACGCCUCCCAUCCUGGCUGCUUUCCUCGCUAUCAUCCAGAAGACGGGCGACCAGUUCUUCUACUACCUGUGGAUGUUCGGUGCCGGAUUGCAGGUUGUCAUGAUCACCAUCUGGCCCAUUGUCAUUAUGCCCCUCUUCAACAAGCUCACCCCUCUGGAACCUGGUAAACUGAAGACCGGAGUCGAGGCCCUUGCUGCCAAGCUCAAGUUCCCUCUCGACGAGCUCUACGUGAUCGAUGGGAGCAAGCGCAGCGCCCACAGCAACGCCUAUUUCUUUGGAAUGCCUUGGAAGAAGCACAUUGUCAUCUAUGAUACCCUGAUCGAGAAGAGCGAAACCCAAGAGGUUGUGGCUGUCCUUGCGCACGAAUUGGGCCACUGGAGUCUGGGUCACACCACUAGGUUGUUCGGAAUCUCUCAGUUCCACUUCUUCUACAUCUUCUCACUGUUCUCCGUGUUCAUCAACAACCAGUCUCUGUACGCCGACUUUGGAUUCCACGCCGUAAAGCCCAUUAUUGUUGGGUUCAUCCUCUUCUCCGAUGUCCUAGCCCCAAUGGACGUUUUCAUCAAGCUGGGCAUGAACAUCCUGAGCCGCCGCUACGAGUUCCAGGCCGAUGCUUUCGCGUGCGAUCUUGGGUACUCUGCGGACCUUGCCAAGUCCCUCAUCAAGCUCCAGAUCCAGAACCUCAGCACUAUGGAUGCCGACCCGAUGUUCGCUAGCUACCACUUCUCACACCCCAUUCUGUCUGAGAGGCUGAAGGCUCUCAACUGGCAACCAACCACCAAGGUUGGGGAUGCUGAUGAGAAGGACGGUGUUGCCAAGGCUACGGGAAGAGAUGAGCUGUAGGAGUGACGAUGUAGGUUAGGCAGCAUUGAAUACAAGAGUAUGAGAGGUAUUCAAUAGAUACUACACUGUCUGAAAGUUGACAGUUAUUGUGCCGGAUCCGUCUGGCCCGAGUCACAAGGCUUUUCGUUAUAGCUACUUCCAUCACUUACCCUGACAGAAGAUGCAGGUAACUGAGAAUUCAUAGUAUACCCAUCUAGAUUGACUUUGAAUUAUUGCUGUAUAAAUGUACUUGACAAGCAUGACAUCUUGCUACGGCAGACACCAGUAAG